GCAGCGGCCGAGGCCAAAGGACCUGCCGCGGCUGGGUGGCCGGAGAGGGAGGGCCCCACUGUCGUCGCCGCCCGGCCAGUGCCGGUGAGAUCAGCCCAGAGAAGUGAUGGGACUGGCCCCAGGUCUCCCACCCAGCCGGAUGGCGCAGAGGCCCCGGGUGUUGGCGGAUGGUGAUGGUGGCUGUCCCUCUCGAGUCUGAAGGACAGAGCCCCUGGACUCCCAGGAUCCCUGCCAGGAGGAGGAGGAGACAGCCAUCUGCUGGGGCCUGAGCGUGGCUGGGGGACAGGCCGUUGGUCCCAGAAUGCCCCUGCCCGAGCCUGGUGAGCAGGAGGCUGAGAGCGUGAAGGCCGGCCAGGAGCCGUCCCCUGAGCCUCCUGAGCCGGGCACAGAUGUCGUCCCCGCAGCCCCCACGAAGCCCAAGGAGUUCUCCAAACUGGUCCUGCUGACGGCCUCCUCAGAGAACAAGGAUGGGGGGAACUCCCAGCCCAAAGGAGUGCCUUGCGCCAUGUCCCUGGAGAUGUCUGGCCCUGACACCCUGGUCAGGACCCCCCAGAUCCUGCCGUCAGAGGAGCAGGGGGCGGCAGUCCAGCCAAGCCCCCCAACCUCUGAGCAGAAAUGCAGCAAGCCAGACACAGCCCCCAAGCCCCUGGAGUUCCUGAGGACCCCAUUUGGGGGCCGCCUCCUGGUGCUCGAGUCCUUCCUGUACAAGCAGGAGAAGGCUGUGGGUGACAAGGUCUACUGGAAGUGCCGCGAGCACGCCGAGCUGGGCUGCAGGGGCCGGGCCAUCACUCGCGGGCCUCGGGCCACGGUGAUGCGGGACCACUGCCACCCGCCCGACGAGGAGGGCCUGGAGGCCCGGCGCCAGAGACGGAAGCUGCCCAGCCCAACCCUGCCCGAAGGCCUGGGGGGUCCCGAGGGCCCCGGAGGCCGAGUGGAGGAGCCGCUGGAGGGGGUGGGCGCGUGGCUGUGCCGCGAGGACCCGGAGCCCGACCCUGGGCUGGUGCUGAGCAAGCCGGCCCCGGAGGAGGAGGGGAUGCGAGCCCUGCGGCUGCUGAGCUUGCCCCCCAAGAAACGCCCGGCGCUGGGGACUGGAGAGCCCCAGGCCCUGGAGUUCCUGAGGACAUGCUACGGGGGCAGCUUCCUGGUGCACGAGUCUUUCCUCUACAAGCGGGAGAAGGCUGUGGGGGACAAGGUGUACUGGACGUGCCGGGACCAUGCGCUGCACGGCUGCCGCAGCCGCGCCAUCACCCAGGGCCAGCGGGUGACUGUGAUGCGUGGCCACUGCCACACGCCCGACGUGGAGGGCCUAAAGGCCCGGCGGCAGCAGGAGAAGGCCACGGAGACGCUGCAGGCCAGGCCCGGUGGCCCCGGGGGCCAAGCAGACACACCGUUCCAAGGUGUGGACAGCCUGUUCUACCGCAGGGGGACUGGCACCCUGACACUCACCAGGCCAUGGCCCAGAAAGCGCGUCAAGGUCAAAGAUCAGGGCCUGCCGGCCCAGCCCAAAGCCCUGCAGGGAGCCCCUGAGGACCAGGAUGAGGACCCGGGCGGCCCUGAGUUCCUGAGGACCCCUCUGGGGGGCAGCUUCCUGGUGCACGAGUCCUUCCUCUACCGGCGGGAGAAGGCGGCCGGGGAGAAGGUGUACUGGACGUGCCGGGACCAGGCCCGCAUGGGCUGCCGCAGCCGCGCCAUCACCCAGGGCCAGCGGGUGACCGUGAUGCGUGGCCACUGCCACCCGCCCGACCUGGGGGGCCUGGAGGCUCUGAGGCAGCGGGAGAAACACCCGGGCUCGGCCCAGCGGGGGAGCCCAGGAGACCCUGAGUUCCUGAGGACCCCUCUGGGGGGCAGCUUCCUGGUGCACGAGUCCUUCCUCUACCGGCGGGAGAAGGCAGCCGGGGAGAAGGUGUACUGGACGUGCCGAGACCAGGCCCGCAUGGGCUGCCGCAGCCGCGCCAUCACCCAGGGCCAGCGGGUCAUGGUGAUGCGCAGGCACUGCCACCCGCCCGACCUGGGGGGCCUGGAGGCCCUGAGGCAGCGGGAGCAGCUCCCCAGCCAGGCCCAGAGGGAGGACUCAGGGACCCUCCAGCCUCUGGAGUUCCUGAGGACUUCCCUCGGGGGCAGGUUCCUGGUGCAUGAGUCCUUCCUCUAUCGGAAGGAGAAGGCGGCUGGGGAGAAGGUAUACUGGAUGUGCCGGGACCAGGCCCGCCUGGGCUGCCGCAGCCGGGCCAUCACCCAGGGCCAGCGGGUGACCGUGAUGCGCAGCCACUGCCACCCGCCCGACCUGCUGGGUCUGGAGGCCCUGAGGCAGCGGGAGCGGCUCCCCAGUGCGGCCCAGCAGGAAGACCCAGAGAAAAUAAAACUUCUGCCUGAAGUUCAACUGUGCCUCAAGACUUGUUCUCCUGAAAGCCAGCAGAUUUAUGGGAAGGUCAAAGAUGUAAAACUUGACAGCAAGUCCCAGUGAGGCCAAUCUCCUCCCCGAUUCGAGCAGAGGAACCUCACGUGUUGCCAGCAUCAAGGAUGCUCCGCGUCCACAUGGGACCCCGGCAUUUCCCACCCGGUGAGAGUUUGCUUGACUAAAACUCUUUCACUCUUCCAAAGCAUCAAUGGCCUUCACUUUCCUCAAGAGGUGUUCCAGGAGGAAUACUUUGAUGGUGUCUUUGUGCGGGCAAAGAAGAGUGCCAGGAGCUGGCGGCUUGCAGGUGUGCGUGACGUGGGGAACGCUCCGGCCUCCGAAGAUCUGAAGAAGCAUCUUUUGUCAGACACCUCUUCCCUGCUCUGCCGCUCCAAGCCGCAAACACCCAUGGGUUUUCAGAGCACGCGACUUUGCCAAGGACUUUCCCCUGGUGUGGCUCUGCUUCGUCCAGGGCACAUUUGGGGGAGUUCCUGCUUCUUCAAGCUGAGUUGAGCUGCCCUGCGGAGCGCCAGCCACCCCAGGUUUUUUCUGGGCAGGUGCCAUGUGGGCCUUCAUGCUCUUGGCCCUCUGCUGCCAGGCUACAGCCGUCCCCCACCGUAACAGAGCAGGCCAAACCAGAAGUCUCACUACACCCUUUCUCGGACUUUCUUUCCUUUGCUGUUUCCAACUUAAAUUAAACCCAGCGUCCCCAUGGCAGGCGUCGUUCUUGGCAGUGGGAGCCAGCCCGGAUGUCCGCAGGAAGGCCAGACACUUACCUGGCUGAGGCCAGCGGUGUCCCGGGUCGCCCACGUUUGUCUGAUGCAGGAGGAGAGGCAGACCCGGGUGGCAGCAGAGGCACAUGCCCUCUCCCGUCCAGUAGUGUGGCAGAGAGCUGGCCUAGCAGGUCCAAGAAGAAGCAGGCCGACGUCCCCCGGGAACUCCAGAGGCUGCUGCUUGCUAACAAGGCUGUGUCCUCGACAGUGAUGUCCCUUGCCCCAUCCUAUAAUCGCAGGGGGAGCACACAGCAGCAGGCUGCCUCUCUCCUGGCAAGCUGGCCACAGAGCCUGCCGUCCAGCUAUGGGACAGUGACAGCUCAAGUGCCCCCCCAUCCCUCUGCUUAUUCAUUUCCCCAGUAAACCCUAUUUUAUACCUCACCGUGUAGAGCUGCUGUGUGUGUCCACAUCGCCUUUGCAACCACUGUCCACCACCAGGAAGCCAUACACUCCACGUGUCUCAGUGCCAUGGGGUUGGAAGCGACAGAAUUUGGUUGGGGAAACCCCUGGGAGACCCCCACACCUGGGGUAGUCAGGCCACCUGGCCCCGAUGUGAGCUGGACCAAGAGCUGGUGGGGGGCCUCGAGAGGGGUUGCUGAGGCCUCUGCUCCAAGCCCACAGGGGGCAGUGU